AACCUUCGUCUAAUUUUGAUGACCAAAAAAUUGUUCUUGUACACACAAACUCAGUCCCGAACUCAGGUCAGGAGCUGAGUGUUAUCAUUCUACAUCGCCGUCGAUUUCCAUUUUACGUGAUUCACUCAAAUUCCUCCACUUCAACGCCAAUCACAGCCUGAAGUUCUUCGCACUUCGUCGGAGAUUCGUCUUCUUUCAACAGAUUUGAGCUCCAACUCCUCAUUUAUCGCUCUCCCUAUCUUCUGCUCUCUUCGAUUUCUUUUUCUACAUUAUUCUUGCUGCUGUCUUUCUGAGUGUUUGCGAGGGUUUUUGGUCGGUUGCGAACUGGCUAUGGAUUACGAGCCCUAUGAUAGUAGCGGAACUGAUGACGAUCUCCCUCCAUCUCACCAGAAUAGAAUUGCAAGAGGAGGAGGGGGUCGUGUUUCAGGGAAUGGAAGAUCAGUCAUGGGUUCUGUUCCAUAUCCCAGGAUGUACGGUGAAACUGACAUGGAAGCCCAAAUUCAUCAACUUGAGAAGGAAGCUUACAGUUCUGUUCUUAGAGCCUUUAAAGCUCAAGCUGAUGCCAUUACUUGGGAGAAAGAAAGUUUGAUCACAGAACUCAGAAAAGAGUUAAGAUUGUCAAAUGAGGAGCACAGAGAGCUUCUUGGACGGGUUAAUGCAGAUGACGUGAUUAGAAGUAUAAGGGAGUGGAGACAGGCCGGUGGGCAUCAGCCUGGCAAGCUCAGUACCAGUCAAGCCAUUCAUGAUCCAAUACCCAGCCCUACUGUUUCUGCAUCUCGCAAGAAACAGAAACUAACCCAUUUGGUACCUCCACAGUCCUUUACUGGGCCGUCUCAAUCCUUUCACCAACAAACUGUUGCUCCUUCUCAUCAGCCAUCCUCAUCUGUUGCAAAAAGAGGAGCUAUCCCCACACCCAAGGGCAAAAAACAAAAAUCUAUGUUACCUGGGGCAUCUUCAGCCAAACAGUACCAAACUUCAGUUCCUAGUGGUAGGAGUCAAGUUGCUAAUAGGGUUUCUUCCGGAGCUAUUGAGCCAGUUGAAGGAGCAACAUUGAAUCCACUAAUUGGGAGGAAAGUGAGAACUAGAUGGCCGGAUGAUAAUAAUUUUUAUGAAGCUGUUAUAACUGAUUUCAAUGCUGCGGAGGGACGACAUGCCUUGGUGUAUGAUAUCGGUUCUGCCAAUGAGACCUGGGAGUGGGUUAAUCUUUCAGAGAUAUCUCCCGAGGACAUCCAAUGGGUUGAUGAGGAUCCUGGAAUCCCACAUAGAGGUGGUUAUGGUGGAUCAGGUCAUGGAAUGAAUCGUUCAGUCGGCCGUGAUGGUGUAUCUGGUGCAGGCAGAGGUAGAGGAGUCGCCAAGUCUCAGUCCAGAAAAGAUUUUUUGCCAUCCCAAAAUGGCAUUGGGAAGAAGCCAUCUGAUGAUAUACGGAUACUCCACACGGAAACUCUAAUUAGAGAGGUGGAGAGAGUCUUCGGUUCAAAUCAUCCAGAUCCUGUUGAAGUUGAAAGGGCAAAGAAAGUUCUCAAUGACCACGAACAAUCACUUAUCGAUGCUAUUAAUAGGCUUGGGGAUAUGUCUGAUGCUGGAAGCGACGAAGGUGGCCACAGAUUCUCUCAUGGACAAUCGAUGGACCGGGAAUGACAGUAAUCGUUUUGAAACAGAGGUGGUUCACUCUGCAAAAGCAUCGUUUUGAUCGAAAGACGACUAGAUGUGGUAAGCUACUUUUGAGUUAAUUAGGGAGUGAUACACCUAAACUCUCAAGGGCCCCUUUUCCUGUAAAAUACCAUAUGAUGAUUGAGUUGAAUGUUCCCUUCGCAUAGGUUUAACUGUGGGGUUGGUUGUUUUUUUUCUUCAUUUUGUUCUUAUUUUCCCCUUUUUCUUUUUGGCAAUGGUAAGAGUUAACAUAGGAAGGCUGAUGAAUACUUGUGUAACAUUAUUUGUCUAGUGAUUUUAAGAUGUGACCCAUGUAUAAACUUCUUCUAAGUUGCC